AUGAGUCCCUGUGUUCGGUAUCAAUACUGGUUCUUUUAUCCCCGAGAGAUGGCAUCUAAGGCCCAAAGAGCCAGAAGAUGUAUAUCAGGCUUGAUUCUCGAAAAUGAAGGAGACAUACUUGAUCUUUGGCGCUGGAUCAUGAAGUUGUCUUGGAAGUUAUUUGUCCCAGCUGGAGAGUUAUAA